AUGCCAACCCCAAACAUCUCCACCUCUGCAGCCAAAGGCUUCCGCAGGGCGGUGUCAGAGCUGGACUCCAAGCAAGCCGAGGCCAUCAUGUCUCCACGGUUCAUUGGUAGACGUCAAAGCCUCAUAGAAGAUGCCAGGAAGGAAAGAGAGGCUGCAGCUGCAGCUGCAGCCACUGAUGCUACAGAGUCUACAGAAACCAUUGUCUUUGAGGAGAAGGACGGGAGAGCCAUGCUGAACCUCUUCUUCAUGCUCAAGGGAGCCAAGACUUCACCACUGUCCCGUGCACUGAAGGUAUUUGAGACAUUCGAAGCUAAAAUUCACCAUCUGGAGACCAGGCUUAGCCGAAAACCCCGUGAAGGGACCACUGAACUGGAAUACUUUGUGCGUUGCGAAGUCCACAGCUCUGACCUCAAUACUUUCAUUAGCUCCAUCAAGAGAGUAGCAGAAGAUGUGAGGACAACUAAAGAAGACAAAUUUCACUGGUUUCCCAGAAAAAUCUGUGAAUUAGACAAGUGCCACCAUUUGGUCACCAAGUUUGACCCUGACUUGGAUUUGGAUCACCCGGGUUACUCAGACCAAGUGUAUCGCCAGAGAAGGAAAUCGAUAGCAGAAAUUGCUUUUCACUAUAAGCAUGGAGACCCCAUCCCUCAUGUGGAGUACACAGCAGAGGAAAUUGCUACCUGGAAGGAGGUGUACAGCACCCUGAAGAGCCUGUACCCCACCCACGCCUGCAAGGAGUACCUCGAAGCUUUCAAUCUGCUGGAGAAAUUCUGUGGCUACAAUGAGAACAAUAUCCCUCAGCUGGAGGAGGUCUCCCGCUUCCUGAAAGAGAGGACUGGCUUCCAGCUGCGGCCAGUGGCCGGCUUGCUGUCAGCACGGGACUUCCUUGCCAGCCUGGCCUUCCGCGUCUUCCAGUGCACGCAGUACAUCCGCCACGCCUCCUCGCCCAUGCACUCCCCUGAGCCGGAUUGCUGUCACGAGCUCCUGGGGCAUGUCCCGAUGCUAGCUGACAAGACGUUUGCCCAGUUCUCACAGGACAUUGGGCUGGCGUCUCUGGGAGCAACUGAUGAAGAAAUUGAGAAACUUGCAACACUUUACUGGUUUACGGUAGAAUUUGGGCUCUGCAGACAGAACGGGAUAGUCAAAGCCUACGGAGCCGGGCUCCUGUCCUCCUAUGGGGAGCUCAUACACUCCUUGUCAGAUGAACCAGAGGUACGGGACUUUGACCCCGACGCUGCUGCCGUUCAGCCCUACCAGGAUCAAAACUACCAGCCUGUAUAUUUUGUGUCUGAGAGCUUCAGUGAUGCCAAAAAUAAACUGAGGAGCUAUGCAGCGCACAUCAAGAGGCCCUUCUCGGUGAAAUACGAGCCCUACACCCACAGCAUCGAGCUCCUGGACAGCCCUCAGACCAUCUGUCACUCCCUGGAGAAUGUAAGGGAUGAGCUUCACUCGCUGAUUAAUGCCCUCAAUGUUAUCAGCUAA